AUGGCUAGCAUUCGCAAAACCCACCCACUACUAAAAAUCGUAAACAACUCCCUCAUUGACCUCCCCACCCCCGUAAAUAUCUCUGCAUGAUGAAACUUUGGCUCCCUAUUAGGACUAUGCCUAAUCGCCCAAAUCCUAACAGGACUAUUCCUUGCCAUACACUACACCUCUGAUAUCGCUACAGCAUUUUCAUCCGUCGCACACAUUUGCCGAGACGUCAACUACGGGUGAUUAAUUCGUAAUCUUCACGCUAACGGAGCAUCUUUCUUCUUUAUCUGCCUUUACCUACAUAUUGGACGAGGCCUAUACUACGGUUCUUUCCUCUAUAAAGAAACAUGAAACACAGGUGUAAUUCUCCUCCUUCUGGUCAUAAUGACUGCCUUCGUAGGCUACGUCCUGCCUUGAGGACAAAUAUCCUUUUGAGGGGCUACCGUCAUCACAAACCUUCUAUCCGCGGUCCCUUAUGUUGGCAACACGCUAGUCCAAUGAAUUUGAGGGGGAUUCUCAGUAGACAAUGCCACCCUCACCCGUUUCUUUACCUUCCACUUCUUGCUCCCCUUCAUUAUUGCAGCCGUCGUUAUACUGCAUCUUCUUUUCCUACAUGAAACAGGCUCCAAUAACCCUCUUGGCCUCAACUCAGACACAGAUAAAAUCCCAUUCCACCCCUACUUCACCUACAAAGAUCUCUUAGGCUUUGCCAUCGUCCUUCUCGCCCUAACCUCCCUAGCCUUAUUCUCUCCAAACCUCCUGGGAGACCCAGACAACUUUACCCCCGCCAACCCCUUGGUUACUCCACCACACAUCAAGCCAGAAUGGUACUUCCUGUUCGCAUACGCUAUUCUGCGUUCAAUCCCUAACAAACUAGGGGGAGUUCUGGCACUUCUCGCCUCAAUCCUAGUCCUAAUGGUCGUUCCCGCCCUCCACACCUCUAAACAACGAAGCCUGGUUUUCCGCCCUUUCACCCAAUUCCUAUUUUGAACAUUAAUCGCUAACGUUGCCAUCCUUACUUGAAUUGGAGGCAUGCCCGUCGAGUACCCCUUUAUCAUUAUUGGCCAAAUCGCCUCCCUGCUCUACUUCGCCCUUUUCCUGCUUAUUAUCCCAUUAACAGGAUGGCUAGAAAACAAAACCCUUUCAUGGGCCUAA